AUGAGCAUCAUGAACAGCUUCGUCAACGAUAUUUCGAACGUAUCGCUGCGGAAGCUUCCAGAUUGGCACAUUACAACAAACCGUGCCACGAUAACUAGCAGAGAAUUCAGACAAGCCGUACGACUAUUGCUACCGGGAGAAUUGGCCAAGCACGCAGGUCAGCGAAGGUACCAAAAGCCGUCACCAAGUACACCAGUUCAAAAUAAUAUAGACGUUUGUAUUCGCUUCGACGGUUAUACGGUUCGAAAAAUAAGAACAAAAAAAAAACGGUUCUUUUCAGAACCACUAUGUUAUGAUAAAAUGCAAAAUGAUAAUUAG